UAUCCAACGUGUUUUAUCUGUUUAUCUACGUUGUUAUCUUAAAAUGAUUCGACAAAAGAGAUGGACAGCGUAGAUAAACAGAUACAUCACGGUGGGCCCGCAGACGGGUGAGGGUAGGACGCAAUCCGCGUACAUUUUCCUGGAUCAGACGAGUGGAUUGGAUGGAAUAUAUACACCAUGACGGGGCACACACGAAAUUCGGACAAUUUUAAUGGUGGGAUUUCCCAUCUCAACUUCAUCCAUGAUUUAUACACCUGAGUACUGAACCGGACAGAUUUCUAAGGCCCAUUAUAACAUCAAUGAUAAUAUACUUGAUGGACGGCGUGGAUCUCAUCAACUUGAACACGUUCCAUCCACGUCAUCGAAAUUAAUUAAUGCUCUUCCAUGUCAUCGUUUUCGCUUGAGGAGCUUACCUUCCUCUCUAUUUUUCUUUUCUUUGCUCAUAAUCUUUCCUCAGCUUUCUUGAGCAUCUCUUGAGCUUAUCCAAGAAUAUCCUUCUCAGCCUUUUCUUCUCCCGCCACGAAACCGCCUUUAAAAACCGCUCUCCACUCUCAAAAUCGAAAAGAAAAAAAAGCCAGAAACGAUGCAGUCCGAAAUCGCUUCCCCUUCUCCCAUCAAAACCGUGGUGGUUUUGGUCCAAGAAAACCGCUCAUUCGACCACAUGCUCGGAUGGAUGAAAUCCCUCAAUCCCCAGAUCAACGGCGUCACGGGCACCGAGUUCAACCCCAUCUCCACAACCGAACCCGAAUCCAAGCGGAUUUAUUUAGGGGACCGAUCCGAGUACGUCGACCCCGACCCGGGGCACUCCAUCCAGGCGAUCUACGAGCAGAUUUUCGGGGAGGAAUAUCCCGUUAAUGGCGGAGGGGGAUCCGCCAUCAAGGCUCCGUUAAUGAACGGUUUCGCGCAGCAGGCGGAGAAAGUGCAGAAAGGGAUGUCAGAGACGGUGAUGAACGGAUUCCGUCCGGACGCCGUGCCAGUUUACAAGACGCUGGUAUCGGAGUUCGCGGUUUUUGAUAGGUGGUUCGCGUCCGUUCCAGCAUCGACUCAGCCGAAUCGGCUGUUCGUGCACUCGGCCACGUCGCACGGAGCCACCAGCAAUGACACGAUGAAGCUGAUACUGGGGUAUCCGCAGAAGACGAUUUUUGAGUCGUUGGAUGAAGCUGGAUUAACGUUUGGGAUUUACUAUCAGUACCCACCUGCCACGCUUUUCUACAGGAACCUAAGGAAGUUGAAAUACAUAGGGAAAUUCCACGACUUCGAUCUACACUUCAAGAGGCACUGCGAAGAAGGGAAGCUACCAAACUAUGUGGUGGUCGAGCAACGAUAUUUCGACAUCAAACUGCUGCCCGGGAACGAUGAUCACCCAUCGCACGACGUCUCAGAAGGGCAGAAAUUCGUGAAACAGGUCUACGAGGCUCUUCGAGCAAGCCCGCAGUGGAAUGAGAUGCUGUUCAUCAUCAUCUAUGAUGAGCAUGGAGGAUUCUAUGAUCAUGUCCCUACUCCUGUGACUGGGGUCCCAAGCCCGGACGACAAUGUGGGUCCCGAGCCUUAUAACUUCCGGUUCGACCGCCUUGGUGUUCGGGUCCCCACCAUCAUGAUUUCUCCGUGGAUCGAGCGAGGAACCGUGAUACACGGGCCGGUGGGGCCGUAUCCGACGUCAGAAUUUGAACACUCUUCCAUUCCAGCGACGGUGAAGAAGAUUUUCAAUUUGAAGAACUUCCUGACAAAGCGUGAUGCGUGGGCCGGCACAUUUGAGACUGUCAUAACACGCAAAAGUCCUAGAACAGAUUGCCCAAUUGCAUUGCCGGAGCCAACGAAACUGAGAGAAGGCGAUGCAAACGAAUCAGCGAAGCUAAGCGAUUUUCAACAGGAAUUGGUGCAAAUGGCUGCCACUUUGAAUGGGGAUCACAGUAAAGAUAUCUAUCCACACAAGCUAGUGGAGGUCAUGACGGUCAAGGACGCCACGAAUUACAUGACAGAUGCCUUCAAAACUUUCUUAGAAGCAUGCGAGGAUGCAAAGAAAAAUGGAGUGGAUGAAUCGGAGAUCGUGGUUGUGUCAAGCCAUCCAAAGGAGCCACCAAUGGAGAAGAAGAAGAAAUCCUUUGCUCAAAAAAUGUUUGCCUGUUUGGCAUGCAAUAAUUCUUAAAUCGGUUACAAUUUAUUUUCUGGUAUCACUAAAUUGUUUCAUAUCAUAAGAAAACCUGACGAGAUUCGUCAGAUCUUUUAGAUUCA